CAGUAGUGCACUGGGGCAAUGUUGUAGUUUGCAGGAGCCGCCUGGAGCAGGAGGGUAAGUCAUCUGCUCGGCCUGCUUCCUGCCCCUUGUUCUGGUUCUGGUGCUUAAAAAAACAACUAAAAACUCAACAUGGACCAGCGAAACUAAACCAGCUGACCCGGUGCUGUAGGAGAUACCAGGGGCGCUCUCCGGGAUGCUUGAUUGCGGCGAGGAGUGAAGCACAUUCCUGAAGGAGCUGAGAGCUGCUGUCUUAAGCUUACGAGAAACCACCCUGCUCACACCACGCCGGUCAAGAUGGACGCCAGCUUUCCUUGCCCUCACUGGAACAACUUUGGACAAAGAUGUGUGUUGCCAUGGUGAUCAUUUUCAAGAAAACACUGGAAAAGAAGGGCGCCGACGAUGUAACAUCCAAAAGUACAGAUUUGGGCCCGUUCCAGGCACAGACCAUGAGCCAGGGGACUGCACUUUUCUCUUGUGGACUCAUGGAGACAAGCCGGUGGCAUGAGUUGGGUCACAGCUGUGCUAUACAGCAGAGGCCAGUUGGGACCAGUCUGGAGAGCCUGUGGGACGUCCUGCCUGAGGUGCACAAGAGUUCUGCCCACUGGGACUGGGACGUUGGCUCCACUUCGGCCACAAUCACCAGCUUGUUGCACGACCUCAGCCUCACUGAGGCCGCGUCCUCGCUCUCCACUGCACCCCCCAGCAAGCGGCAGUGCCGGUCCCUGUCCUGCUCGGACGAGCUCGGAGGCUGCCGCUCCACAUGGCGCCCUCAGGGCUCUCGCGUGUGGACGACGGUGGAGAAGAGGAGGUGCCACAGCGGAGGCAGCGUCCAGCGCGGCGGCGCGGGAAACUUGCACCUGGGCUUCCCGGCCAUGCAGCGCAGCUCCAGCUUCAGCCUGCCCGCCCGCUCCAACGCCCUGGAGCCGCCCUGCUUCACCCAGCAACUCCCCUGCCCCUCUGCCUUCACCGGUCUGACACCUUCCUCCUCCAUGAUCCUGUCCCCCGAGCCCUCGGCGCAGCCCCUCUACCUCUCUCACGAACAGAUCUGCCUCCCCGAGCAUCGCGAACCCUCGCCAUCCAGCUCCCCGGACUCCACGCCAGAGCUGGAGCGCCGCGGUGGACAGGGAGGUCUCGCCCGCAGUCGCUCACAGCCGUGCGUCCUCAACGACAAGAAGAUCGGCGUGAAGCGCAGACGGCCAGCCGACACGCAGAAGCAGAGGCCUUCUCUGGACCUGGCCAAGAUGACCCAGAAAACACGUAAUUUCCACAGCCUCAGCUGCCCUGGAAUCACAGGCGAAGACGUCUGUGAGUCGAGCCCGGCCCUCCCCUCUCUCAGGAGCACCGCUCAGUGCGACGCCGACGACUCGUCAGCAAACGAACGCGGCCUGGCGGACGUUCAGCCUUGGACCAAAGAAGGCAAGACCACCAGGAACGCGCCGUCAGACCCUACCAUCGAGGAGGUGGACUGGUCAACCAAUGGGAAGGACAACGAGCCUCUGUGGGCGGGGCUAUGUAGCAUGAGGAAGGACGUGUACCAACUCGGAGGCGAGCUCGACAUCGAGCAAAUUGAGAGGAACUGAGCUGGACUGUCUUCCUCUCAGGAAAGGACGCUAAUUUAGGGGACUGAAAGUUUAUCACCAGGUGGUACAGUAAACAGUACUGAUAGUCUUAAGGACAAAGCAAGAGGAAAGCUAAUGCAGUGAGCGUUCCAGCACUUGUUUUUUUUUUUUUUUUUUUUUUUUCUAAAGGAGAGAUUGAGCAGGAGCUUUGUGGGCCAUUCUUUUGGAGGCUUUGUGUAGUCAGAAGCUACUCCCACACUGUGCGUUAUCUCAACUGUGUCUCAGGAGAACAAGGAAGUCGUGGAGGACGGAUUUCGGGUGGAGAUGAUAGAAGUGAUAAAUAUAAAAAUGAUAUAUUAAUGUUGACUCAAGAGAGCGGGGGUUUAACAUUUCUCUGUAACCCUGAUUACCUUGAUUGUACUGCGUUUGGAGAGAAUUCACAGCAGGUUUGUAUCAAUUCUCUGCACUAGAAAGAGUGUCCGUUCCUCUGACGUUCUUCAGUAGUACAUGACGGACAGAAAUGAAGACUACUUGGAAAGCUACCGUUAGCAAAGCCCCUUUCACUCUCACUGAGCAACAAGCCGCACCCACCCCACGACCUGUAAAGUAUAUUAAAGAGCUUAACAUUUCACACAGUAACAUCAGGCUUUUCUCUAUGAGAUCUCCCGUUUGUGUGAGGAAAAACCUUUGUGAUUCUAAUAUUGUUAAUAUUCUUUUUACAAUUUGUAACUACAAAGUUAUGUAAAACAUGAGCAUAUUUCUAUACAAAUAAAACACAGUUUUAA